AUGAUGAAUUUAUCAUUGCCUUUGGAGAAAACCAGAGAAACCAAUCCCUUGUUUCAUCAAACCGAUAAUCACAACAACCACAAGGAUUCUCUUCAAAACAUUCUCCGAGGUGUGAUUAGUACAGCUCCGAGAAUUUCCAUCGACUACAGUCAAGAUCCUUUCACGACUCGACACUCGAGACAAUUUCAUACCGAUGAUUCUUUACAUUUAUAUCAUAAAAUUGAAAUUACGUACUUGUCAUCAUUGAGAAGAAAUGGAUUUAAUCCGAGCUAUCCCUCACAUUUAUUAUCGGAAACGAUGGUUUCCAAGAAAGAUUAUUCCAAAUUUAUUAAAACUCUCACAGAUAUCUAUUUUAUGAGAUUGAGUUGGAAAGUGAAAAUGAUUAUUGCUGGAAUUUGGUUGAGCCUUUCAUUAUUGGCUUUAAUUAUUAAUUUAGGAGUUGGAUUGGGAAUUUUGUUAAAUCGAAAGGAUGAUAAGGAAAUACCGUAUUGGGCAGUAUGUGUACCUGCUAUUGGACUUUCUCUGAUCAUUGCACUGAUUAUUGGAUUUAUUUUGUUGAUCAAGUAUUUGUAUCAUAUUAUGACACGAAUGCAACAAUUACAUCAAUUUAUUGACUCCAAUAGAGAUGAUUUCUUAAAAAUUGGAAUUGAAUUGAAUAUUGUCAAAGAUAACAGAAAUGGAGUGUAUAUUGACAUGCAGAAAAUUACAAAUGAAAGAGAGGAUCGUCUCAUUAGAAUGUUUAAUAACAAGUCUAUUUCAAAAAAGUCAGGCACUACUCCACUCAAUGUGACAGUAACAGAACCAACGGAUAAUACCUCCCAAGACUCCGUGCAACAUCAUUCUCCUUUUUACUCUAAAUCUCCAAAAUCUCCUUACAUGCAGCUUGAAUAG